CUCCUUACGAACAAAACACGCUCGAAAGUCAAUUAUAUUUGUACUUGAUACUGUAAUAUAAUUGGAGAAGAUUGGUCGGCAACAGACAACACGCCAGCGAACCGCAAGAAUGGAGACCAUUCUCCACAAAAGCGAACCCGACGGGGCAUCGCAAACGCGCAAUAGCGUUGCCGAUACAGUGUCCAAUGGCAUAGGCUUCGUGGCUUUCUCCCCGCCGACACCGAAUGCUCACAACGGUGUACAUCAUUAUCCGACCAAAGAAUCCAUUGAACAGUUGCUUCGAGAUGUURCGACGUCAAUUCGUGGGCAGAAAAGAUACGGUGUCGAUGACGACGACAAUUAUUUUAWAUACGAGAACAACAACAGAAGCAGCAGAAGCAACAGCAACGACUACACUUUGUUCGAAGGCAAGGACGACUGCGAAGAAGGAGGGGAAGCGGAAUGGGCGGACGGUUUGGUCCGGAGGAUUCGAGCCAACGAUCCCAAACUGACCACUCUGGCGCUCAGAAAGACSCCCUGGCAAGCAGGAGUAACAGUAGAUGUUGGUUGGAACCAGGUCAGAAGUAUAACCUGCGAUCCUCUGGAGCGCCGUGCUCUUCCAUGGUCGCCGUCGCUCCGACGACUAGAAAUCACACGGAAUACCAUUCCUAGGCUUACAGAGGCAUUGCAGACAAACCACACAAUCCGAUCCAUAUCCUGUCGCUACGAUUGGAAAUAUCCGAAACCAGCGCACUCAUCUCAUCCUCGUCUUUUGGAGGACGAGCACGAGUUCGACGGAUCCGGCGAAGUUGACAUCGACAUCGACAACAAAAACAAUAGCGAUGGCAGUAACAACAACAACGACAACAACUUCACGAGGCCCGCAACCAUCAACAGCAUCGUGGCAUACAAGCUACAGGAACGACGUUUCUUUGAAGCGUGCGUGUGCCUUCCGCGCCUUGAAUCGAUAUCCCUGACAGGAGGAAACCGCUGGAAGGUAUCACACCUGCUGACCAUUCUUGAGGCUGCAAAGGGCCUCAGGCGAUUGACGGUCCACGACGUCGUCGUUCAUUCGUCUUCCGAAUUGCACGGUUUUAGGCGGGUGCUCCUGGGUCGAACGCGGACCACACACCGUGGAGACAGGUAUGAUGCAGAGGAAGACACACCGCGACUGUCGAUUCCAUUAGAGGCGAUCGAGCUGACCAUCGAG